CCAGGCGCGGCCUUUGAAGAGAAACUGUCACAGAGGAGGCAUGGUGGGGCCCGGGCCCAGGCCCGCCGCCGCUGCUGCCGCGGAAGAGCGGCAGAGAAAGCUUCAGGAGUACCUAGCAGCCAAGGGAAAACUGAAGAGCCAAAACACCAAGCCUUAUCUAAAAGCCAAGAAUAAUUGCCCAAAUCUACCACCUUCUAAAUCUACUAUUAGACCCCAAAAGGAUAUUACCAACCGUGUUGUUUUGCCUGUCAACGAUAAAAGGUCCGUUAGCAUCAAACUCCAGCCCAGACCAGCCAAUAUUACAGGGUGCCAAAAGCCAAAGUUGGAGCCACCAAAACUUCUAGGCAAAGGGCUGAUUUCAAGAUAUGUUUCUUCUAACUCAAACUGUAAGCCUUCUAGCAAGAGUCAUCAGCAGCAUGAAGCUGGAUCAUCCACUGUGGGAGAACUAUCAAGAAAACCCAUGGGGUCGCUUAAAAUACAGGAAGUGAAAACUACAAAACAACAGGUAAUAGAUCAAGGAACUGCUAAAUGUACAGACUCUGUGGACAACACUCAUGUUGAAAACGAAUCUUUGGAUAAGUUUCUAAAAGAGAUAAAUAAAGAGAACUUACCCCAAACCUUAUCAAAUCCUGAGAGGAAGCCAGAUCCUGAAUUAUGUACCAUAAGUAAGCCAAAAACUAACUCUUCUAAUCUAACCAAGAGCAAUUUGGCUCCUAAACAAGUCGUGGGCAAAAGUUCAGUUAAUAGUGUUGACAGAAUUAAUAAACAAUUUGUUGGAGAAACACAAAUCAGGAUUCUGUCCAUAAAAUCACACCAACUCUUGAGAGGAACAAAUCUUGCAAGAGCAGGAGAAAAACCCCCAAGGACAGUUCCCUCUUGCUUUAAUCAGAGCCUUAGUAAGACUCAAUCAUCAAAGAAACCAGUGGUCAACCAGAUAAAGGUAAUUAGGAAUAAAUAUGAAAGACCAAAUGAAAGUAAGUUACAGUCAUACCCUGUUGCUGAACAGAAAGUAAAACAUACCAAACCCAGGACAGACUCCAAUUUGCUUCAGGGAGGAAAUAACAACAGACAUCCAAACAUCAAGCAAAAUCAGAAAUACACUCAACCUUGCUUUAGACCUCAAACAUGUGUUCUGCAAAAAUCAAAAGCCAUGAGCCAGAAACAUAAUGUAACAGCUGGCAGCUAUAAUUCAGUUGUUCCAUGCACCCCUAGCACAAGAGCAAAUGGAACCAAUGGUAAUAAACGCGGCAACAGCUUUCAACAAAAAGCACACACUUUGGACUGCAAGUUGAAAAAAGCUGUUCCCCAGAACCAUUUUCUGAACAAGACAGCUCCCAAAACUCAAGCUGGCGUCACAAACAUAAAUGGAAGAAGAGUCCCAAAUGAGACCCAAAUGAAUCCAAAUAUUAAAAAGAAGGCAACUGUAGAGGAUCGAAGGAAACAACUGGAAGAAUGGCAGAAAUCUAAGGGGAAAAUCUAUAAACGGCCUCCUAUGGAAAUUAAGACAAAAAAGAAAGUAAUAGAGGAAAUGAAUAUUUCAUUCUGGAAGAGCAUUGAACAAGAAGAGGAAGAAAAGAAAGCACAACUGGAACUGUCCAGUAAAAUUAACAACACUCUGACAGAAUGUUUGAAGCUCAUUGAAGGGGGUGUACCUUCUAAUGAAAUACUUACCAUAUUGUCCAGCAUUCCUGAGGCUGAAAAAUUUGCUAAAUUUUGGAUCUGCAAAGCAAAGUUGUUGGCAAGUAAAGGCACCUUUGAUGUUAUUGGGCUAUAUGAAGAGGCCAUUAAAAAUGGAGCGGCACCAAUACAAGAGUUGCGAGAAGUUGUUCUUAAUAUUUUGCAAGACCUAAACAGAACCACAGAAGUUGCUGAAAUGAAUAUAACAUCAGUGGAAGAACUGGAUAAGAAGAUGGAAUCUGUAAAGUCUUGUCUUUCUCCAAAAGAGAAUGAACAAGUUAUAGCAACACCCCAAAUAACCAAGGCAGAACAAGAUAAUUAUUCUGGUAUCAAAUUACAGAUUGCUCCAAUCCCUAGAAUAAAUGGAAUGCCAGAAGUGCAAGACAUGAAGCUUAUCACUCCUGUUCGGCGAUCAGCAAGAAUCGAGCGAGCAGUGUCCCGCUACCCAGAAAUGCUCCAGGAACAUGAUUUAGUAGUGGCUUCUCUUGAUGAACUAUUAGAAGUGGAAGAAACAGAGUGUUUUAUAUUCCGUAGAAAUGAGGCUUUGCCUGUAACAUUAGGAUGUCAAAUCCUCGAAUCAUAAUUUCUUAAAGCUUUUUUUAAAAAGAUGUUUCACAGCUUUUUAAAAAUUCUCUUGUGUCUUCUCUCCAUGAGAUAAGAAAUUCUCUUGUCCAAGUAACCUGGAAAAAUAUAUGUAAUGAAUGGAAAGGCAUCAUGGAUGCAGAUGGACUCUGAGAACUUAGGAAAAAAUUCACUGGGCUUACUCUCAAAUUGUAUAUGCCCAUGGGAAAGUCUUUGGUUUAUAUGUUUAAGACUACAGUUUGCCACAGUUUUACAGUAUACAUAAAUUUUAAACUUCUGAAUAUUAAUUUACCCCACAACUAUGAUAAAAUUUUGCACUUUAUUGAUCUACUUUAAUCCCAGCAUAGUUAUUUUUUAUAAACAGAAGGUUGGUGCCGCAAUAUGACGGACUUUCUUUUCUGUAUCCACGUAAGCAGAGAGAGCAAGGAAGAUCUGAGCUUUGAAACUAGUUUUCCAGGCUCAGUGAAACGUGACAGACAGCCAGAUCAAAUCCUCUUGUUUUACAGAUGAGUUUAUACUAGCUAUGCCUUUGCUCAGAGGUCACAAAUGACAUGUGUGAUCUUUGUCUUCACCACCAUGUCCUUGUAAAUAAGGGGUAAUUCUUAUCCUUUCUGUGCCAGGUCUCCUUAAAUGAAGCACAAUCCUGAAUUGGGGUGGUCAUCUAGCUUUUUAUAUCCAAACCUAAUUUUGCAUUUGUUAUUCAGAAACACUUCAAGUGAAAACAAAAGAGGACAGGGGAGAGGUGUGGGAAGGGGACACUUGCUUCAAUUCUUUCCUUGGCUAGGGGUAGCUGGCCUGAGAAGGCAGUGUGAGUCCCAGAGACUAUAAUAAGUUGCUUUUCCUUCUCCUGGGCAACUGCUCUUGGAAAGGCAAAAUCAGAGUCAUUAUGUAAAUACAAUGUGUAGGAAAAUGUAGUUAACACAUUUUAAAUUUUAGCUUUCUUAACUAAAAUUAAAAAAAAAACAAGUUUUUGUUCA